AUGGGGUCUUCCGGGGCGUCAGGAGCCUCGAAUCCCGUGAACUCGCCCCUCGGUUCCAGGAGCGCCGGGUUGUUUGUGCGCGAAACUGGGCGCGGGACUUCCCUGGCCCCGGGCUCCCUAAAUCUCGCUGAGACGGAAAGCAGCGGAAGCAGAGGACGCGCCAAGAAGGACCCUUCGGUAGCCCGGGUCCCCGGAUCGCUGGCUGGCGAGAACCUAGACCGAGAGACCUGGGUCAGAGAGAAAGUACUCUUUCUUUUGCACCCCGAGAGGUGGUUGGGGACUCCAGGGGACCCUGUACGACAAGAGGAGGCUGGUGGGGAGAGCCUACUCCAGGCAGGUGGAGACCUCCAGGUGCCUGAUUGCUCAUCUCGAUUUCCACAAGAACAGCACAUUCCUGGAGGCCACCAUGUGGACGCUCCCUCCCGAGCCCAGCAAGGAGACUCCGAAGCCCCACCCAAAUCCGUGCUCGUGCGGGUCUUGGAUUAUCAGGGGACACGAGAGGUGCAGCAGACCACGUGGACGAAGGGCUGCAUGACCACGAGGACCGAGGAGCACUCCAUGACCGCAGUCACUUUUCGCACCCACAGAGUGUAA